AUGGUCCUGCGACCUCCAUCGGGAGAACGAGUGCGAGCCACCAUCAUCGACUUCGGUUUCGCUCGCUUCGAGAGGAAGAAUUUCCAGAAGUUCACACAGGCGGACCUAGAGAAGUACGGGGAAAAGAUCGUCGGGAAGCUGUCAGGGGCAGGAUUGGGCUCGACCUUCGCCGUGAAGCCUCGACUCUUCGUGACAGAAAGCCGGCAGGCAAGAGGGUCCUCUCCAACGAAGCUGAGGACGACCUCAACUGCGAGGACGGAGAAUCUGACGAGGACGAAGGGGAAGAGGAGAGCCAGGGCAGCAAUGGCCGAGCUGGUCCGCCGACAACUUAAGCCCAUCCUCCUGGCAGCUGGACCUGACUCGCUCUCCCUCGAGGGACGGGUCGGAGGUGAUCCUUCAGCAGAACCCCACCUGCUUCCUGCUCCUCCUGAAGGUCGAGGCGCCGGCUCCUUCCAGCGUCUGAAGCAGCCAUCGCCGACCCUGGCAAUCAGUGUUGCCAAAGUCGUUGACGAAAUGAGCUUCUGGGUUCCUUGGGUGGAUGAAGUCAACAGAGAUCCACAUGAUUAUUGUGUUAGUACUGAUGGGUAUUACUACGUUAUGGUGAAUAAGAGGGGGCGUAAUCUUGUACUGGGACAAAAGUUAUUGUACAUCAUGCUCCCAAAUACUAAAUCUACGAUCAAUAAAAAUAAUAUACAGUACAAUACCUGUCUAAUUCUACAUUCCAGUAGAUUCUCAGGUAAAAUUCUACAUUCCAGUAGAUUCUCAGAUUACAAUAUGAUAACAAAUUCAUCGUUCGCUAACUAUCUAGCAACUUCCGCUCGUUUUCAGCACGCCGAACAAAAGUCGGAAACUUCAACCCUCGUCAGUUAUCGAAAGUUGCUGGAGGUAGAUGGUCAUGUUCCUCUAAGGGGAUGUGAAAUGCCUAAAAGAAUAAGAAUAACACUUGCGGCUGAGAUGAAGAAAAUACAAGACGUUCUCGUAUACAAACGGAAAGUCGAGAAAUAUACGGCUGUGAAGUCAUCCACGGGCGUACGGACUUCGCGGUGUAUGUGUGGAGAAAAGUACAAGAGGAUGGUUAAACGUUUAAGAAAGAAACGGGUUAUGUUUCUAGACAAGUGGGUGGUAAUGCCUGUGCUUAGUGAAGAAACAGCUGUUGAUGUUUUUUGCAGCGGUGAGGAUAACAGAGGCGGUGGGGAUAUGGCUACCCAAGCUGCUGAUACGGUUCAUCGGGCCACAAGGAAAGAACAAGAGACAGACGAACUCAUCAGAGAGAAAACUCAGGCAUCGAAAAAGGACAGUUCUCAACGCAGCCGCCCGGCAAAGAGAAAACAAAAGGGUAAUGGAACCAGCUGUGAGAAAAACGACAUAGGCCUCGAGAAGUUGACGCUUGUUGAAGUAAACAAAGAGGCGAGUAAACAGCUGCCCUCGUCUAUGGCUACCUCGGCUGCUCGGGAUCGGAAGAAGGGGAAACGAACAUACAAGAAGAAAGGCGAAGAUGGGAAGAUUCAAGAGAAGAAGGUCGAGAUCACGGAAGUGGUGACGAGGAAGAGGUUCAAGAAAGGAGGAAAAGGGGAAGUGGCGCUGUCGAGGUACCUAUACCAGUUGCUACAAAGUGGCUGCAUUUGCCCCCAAGUGGACCUCAUUGUACGGCUUAUUACUGGCAGGGAAGACGACACACUCCGCCUGGUGGUGAGUGACGAGCGGCUGUCGGUGCUCCCAGGGGCGUGGGAGAACCUGACGGAGCAGGGACACAGCCUUCCGGAGGUCGUCCAGGUCGUGACGAUGCGAGCCACUGUCCCUCAGAUCCGCAGUUCGUCUCUGCUCCUGCUGGAGAAGAUCUUGAGGUUGGAAGCGUUGAGCGAGAAGAGGGUGUACGUGGUCGUCUCGGCCGGGUGUUACGACUGGUCGCUGUCUGCCAGGACGUGCGAGGACGAGGCGAAGGUCGUCGAGGAUCUGGUGCUGUUUAAGUCCGAGCUGGAGCGUCUGGGGAGGGAGUCGUUGCCUCGUCGAGAAGUGGUCGUCGUGUUGUGUCCUCUUGUGGAAGCGGCGGUGGGGAAAGGGCGAGACGAAGGGGAAGAAGAGAAGAAAGGAGAGAAAAUAAAGAAUCAGAGAAAGAUAAGAGAACGAAGAUCAAAUGACAAGAAAGAAGAGGAAGGAAGAUGCCCAGAAGGAGAGGAGAAAGGACGAAUUGAAGAUAAACGAAAACCUGGCGCAGAAGAAAGCAUGAAACGGAAAAAUAUAAAAAUGGAAAGAGAAGAGAAGGAAGCGAGAAUGGAUGGAAGAACCUCACCUGCCCUAAAGAGAAUCAACAGAAAACUGAGAAAGGAAAACGCAAGUCUCGAAGUCCCGAUCUCGACGUCCUCCUCUCGCCCUUGGAAGCACACGAUGAGGGACCUUAGACACGCCCUCUGUGGACUCGAUCGACCCGAACUGCAGGAAGAUAGCAGCAGGAAUGUCUGUAGGAUUCUGAAUGGCAUUUUCGACGCAUUGGCGGCUUCAAGUGGAACGGUGAAGGAGGCUAGCAUAGUGGAGCCUUGAA